CUGUCUGUCUGACUCCUGCUCCUGCGCGGCUUUGUUGUUGUGGUUGUUGUUGAGCGGGUGACGCGGUGGACUGGCCGGCCGAGCGGCGCAUGAGUCAGCGCCACAGUGAGCUCGCUCUCCUCGGAUGUGGUCAUUAAAAGUCGGGCUCACGGAGAAGUCCCCGGCGGCGGAUAACUGAAUUCCUGGUUACGCUAGAUUAGUUAGCUAAGUGUGGAAAAAAUAUGGCGGUCCCCGCAACCCCGAACCUGCAGCUGAACGCGGGGAGACAAAGCGGCAGCCCUGUCAGUUCCUCCGAAAAUAACAUUCACAUCGACGAGAAGGAGCUGGAGAACCUCACCAACCACGCCGAGGACGGAACCUCGCUCCCGCUGCACUCACCCUGGACCUUCUGGCUCGACAGGUCAUUACCAGGGACAACAGCGGCAGAGUGUGAAUCAAAUCUGAAGAAGAUCUACACAGUGCAGACGGUUCAGAGCUUCUGGAGUGUGUACAACAAUAUACCCACAGUGUCUUACCUCCCUUUGAGGUGUAGCUACCACUUAAUGCGAGGAGAACGAAGACCACUAUGGGAGGAGGAAAGUAAUGCAAAGGGAGGUGUGUGGAAGAUGAAAGUACCAAAGGAGAGCACGCCUGCUGUAUGGAAAGAAUUACUAUUGGCCACUAUUGGUGAACAGUUUGCUGACUAUUGUGCAUCAGAGGAUGAAGUUGUGGGUGUGAGUGUCAGUGUGCGAGACCGAGAAGAUGUCGUUCAGGUUUGGAAUGGGAAUGCGUCCUUCGCUAACGAGGCGAACAUCUUAGGAAGAAUCUAUGAACUGCUUCCACAGAUCUCUUUUAAAGCAGUAUUUUAUAAGCCGCACGAGGAGCACCACGCUUUUGAAGGUGGUCGGUCAAGGCAUUAGCAGGCUUUGCACAUUCGACAGCUAUUAUCUGUUCACCCUUUUGUUCUUGGACUGACCGUGAAAAUGGACUUAAAACGAGAGGGAGAUUAUUUUGCCUGAUGGGAAGUGUGUUGCCAUUUUACCUUGCAGGAACUGAACUAGAUUAUUUUAAUGCUCUAUUUUAAUUUUAGGUGUCGCGUUUGAUCCAUGUGUUCAUGACUAAUACAUUUCUCACAAAGAGAUUAUUAGGCAAUAUCUAUUUAGUUCACAGUUCACAUGCAAGUAGCAAGUGUAAUAUACACACAGAGCAACGUUGCCAUGUUUUUUUUGUUUUGUUUUGUUUUUCUUUCUUUCUUGUUUUGUUCAGAUGCUACCCAGUGACAUACUCGCUGCUUGUCAGAAACCUGACAUUUCCUUUCCCACCAAGUUUCAAUGUCCUUUAGUUUACUUAUAGAGUAGUGUCUUAGCUCUUGUACUUUUAUGCAGACAUGUUGCACAUUAUUUUAGAAAAAAAAAAUCUUUUUGAUUUGGAACCCUAAAACAUGAAAGUGUUUCCCAGCAUUUUGUACAAACCAGUGUAACUCUCAGUAUAAAUUCUUGUUUUAGACUUUCGUUUAGAGUUUUGCUAAAUAAUGCAGUUGGAAUAUUUUCAUAGCCUGAAAAUACUAAUCUGGGCUGAACUAAGCACAGAACAGUUGAUCUUUUUGUAGUUAUUUAUACUUAACAUCCGGAUUUUUUUUUCAGCUGCCCACUGUCACGUUACAUCAAUGGGUUGCUUUUGGAGUAUUGUUUGAUGCUUUAUCAUGUUCAUCAUGAAAUAAUUGUUAUUAAUGAAAUCUGUAUUUUAUGAGGGUAUGGGCGCUAGAAUAGAUACAGUCAAAUUAUGAUACUGAUAAAAUACCUGUGUAAACGGUUAAACGUUGGAUAAAUGUGUUAAGUGUUUUUCUGUACCAAAGAGACUUUCCCCUUCACACGUAUGUAAACAGCCCUUCCCUGAGCCUCUUUGUUCCCCCGUCCUUGUCUCUGAUUUGGUAUGUUGAAACUGCACAUAAGCAAUGGCUGCACCCUUGCCCUGUCAAACAAGUAGUAAGUGCAAGCUGAAUUUUAUGGUCAUUUUUUUGUAUAUCCAGCCAAUUUUUAAGCUGCCGUUAGUUUUAAAGUGUUUCCCUUGGUGUUGAUUCGUUCUUUUUAAUGUUAAUGUGUCAAAUUGGGGAAAGGAAAAAAAAAAUCAAACUAUGUAACGUACAUUUACUACUGGGGUCAUUUUUGUGAAAAAUGCACUAGAAGCACAAGUCUGUCUUUUGUAAUGGGCAAGGAUGCAGAAAUGAGUCUGUACAUGCAGCUGACCUUUUCGAUAGCAGCUUUCCCUAUGUAUUAUAAAUCUUUUUAUGAGACACAAGUACUGAAAUGGAUAGUUUUAUUUUUCUGAGCUGAGGCUUUUUUCUUGUUGGUAAUCCAGGGCUCCCAGUCAGGAUGUGAGACCUCAAACUGAUUGUCAAUCUUCUGGAACGGUGCCUUGUGUUCUCCCAGGGUUUCACUCAUAGAAUAUUCUGUUUUAUCUCUAUGUAUUUAAUCAGUUAUAAUGUAAAUUGAUUUUUUUUUGUUUUGCUUAUAGGUUUUGAAAUAUUGAAUAAACAAGAACUUUGGAGGA